CAAAUUUCGCGAAGGAAUUCGAUUUGAUUUCUUCUCUUUUGUUGUCUUUCAAUUGGAUUUGAAUUUGUAUUCAUCGUGUCGUGCGAAAUAAAUAGGAAUUGGGAAAGAUGGAAGAGGCCAGUCAACAGGGAUUUGAUCGAGUUGUCUCUGUGUCAACCUCAUCUGCUGGUGAGAGACCUCUUGUGGCUGAUAACUUGAUGGAAAAGCCACUUUCGCCCAAAGAUGAAAGGAUUGUUUCUUCAAAUCCUUCUCUGGGUGCAGCCAUCAGAAGGCCUUCAAAGAAUGCCACAGAUUAUCCCGGAACCUUCAAUACAAGUGGAGCUUUUAAUACUGUCUACCCAUAUGAUACUUAUUCUCCUCAGGGGCAGAGCUUUUAUAAUGGAGGUUAUGAAAAGAGCACUGGUAAUCUGAGUGAAUUACCUAACUACGUUAAUGCCAACAACUUGCAAGUUGUACCUCCGGUAAUGUACAAUGAUUAUCCUUCACUCUUGUUGCAUCCUGGUUAUGGCUUUGAUACCCAGAUGGCAUACGGACAGGUUUCCCCCAUGGCCAGUCUUUCCCCAGUAAUUUUAGAUGGCCAGUUGUACUCUCCACAUCAGUUUCCAUUGUCUCCACCUUACUUCCCAAGGUCACUUUCUCCUGGCAUGCCACAUGUUACUUCUGAUCUUUCUAUGUCACAAACUGAGCUGAUGGCACCAGGAAAUAGUGGCCAAGAGGGCCUCGAUGAGAAUUUGCGUUUUGGGCAAGGAUCAGGGUAUUUUCUCCAUUUUGGAUCUGGAGAACAACUGUCAAAUCAAGCUAGUCUCUCGGACAUGGGCAACUAUAUGUCCCCAGUGACAUCAGCGGCAUUAUAUCCCCAGCCAGUUGGCAUACUUGGGCCGUAUGAGUAUAAUAUUGCACAGUUUUCUCAACAACAGACACCAUUUUAUGGAUACGGAUUGGCAUCAAGUUCCUCUGCAGGACGCUACCUGUACAGUGGCUCACAUUGUAGCCCAAACUAUGGUAGUGGAUCUAUUCCUCAUUGGGAAGCUAAUCACAUGAACCGACUCAAUCUUGAUAAAGGUGGAAGACGAGAAAGGGACCGCAACUCGAUUGGCAUUUCUGGUGAUACACAUGGUAUUACCAGUGAUCGUAAUCGAGGACCAAGGGCUUCGAAGGCGAAGGACAAGGGUGCUAGUGAAGAGAACCCUUCAACUGGUGCUAGGAAAAUCAUUGCAUCUAAUUCAGGGGUUCAUGCUGAUCUGUUCAAUGAGCCAGAUUUUGUCUCACAUUACGACAAUGCCAAGUUUUUUGUCAUCAAGUCUUUUAGUGAAGACAAUGUCCACAAAAGUAUCAAAUACAGUGCUUGGGCCAGCACACCUCUCGGAAACAGAAAAUUAGAUGCUGCUUAUGGUGACGCAAAGAAGAUUAACGGGAGUUGUCCUGUGUUUCUCUUGUUUUCGGUAUGUCGGUUGAACUCUGAUAUUGGUUGAACUCUGAUUUUUUUGGCUUUUCCAACAAAUUGAGGAAAUGGAGCCUAGUCCUAAUACUUUUGAGGAGAAGAUAAUGAGACGAGCCAUUGAUAUGAAUAAAUCCUAGGGAUUUGAAGGCCGGUGAUUAGAUAGCUUUAGGGCGUGUUUGGUGUAGGUGUAGCAUUAGAUAUGAUUGGACAAUUGAUUCCAUUCCAAUCCAUAGU